AUUCCUCAGGUGUUAGAGCUGCUCUUGGCCUAUGUGGAUUUAUCACUGAGGAGGUGUCCUGAACAAGGAAAACUUCAGGUCAUGGAAGAGCACUUCCAGAAAACAUACCCCCUUUGUGUUACUUGCUGCAUUAAGUUCAACAAAAACGGGGGUGCUGUUUGGAAAGGUGUAUGAGAAAUUAAUCCAGCAUGCAGUAGCGCUUGGGGUCCUGUUUGAGUGCCUGCAGCCCCACAUAUCUGCAGGCCAGCUAACAAGUAUCCCCCCACUGGUCAUGAAAGACAUGGUGAGACACUAUGAUGACCAGGGCAUGACAGAGCUUCUUGAUGACCUCAUACCCCACCUUGAUGUCAUGACCCUUGACCUUCACCAGGUGGUCUGUUUAUCCAGACAGCACAGAUUGUGUGAUGCUUUGAUCUUUGUGUUUAACAAAGGAAUGAGUGAUUACAUCACACCCAUUGAGGCAUUUGAAGAUCUGGAGCAAGACGAGCAAGCAAUUGAAUUUCACCAGAGAAUGAUAGACAUCCUGCUACAGGUGAUGCUGGAGAGCACAGACUUCAGCCCUUCCCAGAUUGGCAGCCUCUUCACCUUCCUGGCUCGCCAGCUAGCCAAGGCUGAGGACAACCUCUUUGCUAACCGUCAGCUCUUCCACCAGGUCUGUGCCAUUGCUGCUGCUGACUAGCAAGUCUGAGGUCACAGCUUUUCCACGAGGGUGUGCUGUUGAUUUGUAAGAACAUGGCUCUUCCACCAGGUGCAGCUGUUGACUCGUGCUGUCUGAGGAUAUGGUUCUUUCACCCAGUGUGGCUGAUGACGUGGCCUUUUUCUAGAUGCUGCAGUUCUGCAGGACCUAAAUGUACAGCAGCUGCAACCAUAGGCUUUAACCUUAGGGUUGAUACUCUGCUGGACCAACUUGUCUUGCAUAGUCAAACAUCAAGUCUUACAAGCAUAAAGUCUAGCAGUUAAUUCAUAUGAAAAUAAUUUGGGGUGAAAUGUCUUCUCUACCCACAAACCUAUGGUUGUAACUCUAAUAUUGAAAGAGGUUACCGCCAGUUUUGAAUCUGCAAAGACCAUAUUAAUGCAGGAUUCAUGCAUUUUUCAUGCAAAACAGAAUGUGUGCUGCAUUUUGAAAAUGUGUGGGUGCUGAUCUAUUCCUGUUUUGAGUUUAGACAUAUCUUGUGUUGAUUUACAAGCCUGUGUAGAUUUGUAACAUUUUGAGUGUAUAGCCCACAGGAAGACAGAUUGAUUGAUGUGGUACAUAUGACCUUAUUUUAAACACAAAACACACAAUACGGUGCAUCUGUUCAGGGAUAGUGUUCAUUGAUGAGCUCAUUUCAAGUUGUACGCUUUUCAGUUUAUUCUAGUUUUUUAGGGUCUUAUUAUGUGUGUGUGUGCGCGCGCGUUCUUGACCUCGAAGAGAACCAAUUCUAUUUAUGUUCUCAGCUUGCAACCGUUCAGAAAUGGAAAAAAUUCAGUAAUAUAGCAAUCCCUGCAAUUAUAAUAAUGUUAAUGAUUAUAAUGGCAAUAAUGUCAGUAUUGGCAGUUUAUUUUAAACACAGGUGAAAUUGGCCAAAACAUAGAAAUGUUCAUGCCAUUUUUCAAGUGCAGAUUGUUAGGAGCUAAUCUAUCGCCUAUCAGUGUCUUGUUCAGUUUCAGUUGCCAAUCAUAUGUCUACAUUUGGUCUUGAAAUUUCAAGUAUUUUAAGAUUUGCUUUGAUGAUCAAAAAUCGCUUCAUGUCCUAAUCAGAUAUUUUUAAUCAAAAUAACAAA